CCAGUAAGGAAAUUAUAUGGUUCUGGUUCCCUGUAUGUGAGUAGCUUGUUGAGGAUAAAUCUCCAAGUUUCUUAGAUUUAUCGUUGAACAAUCUAUCAGGACCAGUCCCUGAUUGCUGGGUAAAUGUGACAGAGCUAAUUGUCUUGAAUUUGGGUAGAAACUUCCUCUUUGGAAAAAUACCUCUAUCACUAGGGAACCUGGAAAAACUAUGCAACUAAAAACCAAAAAAAAGUUCAAUCAAGCCUGCUCCCAGGUCAAGGUCACAGUUUAAACUACUCGAAGCUCUGAAGAUGUCUAAAUCCCACUCACCAAGCGAAGAAAGACUCUGAAGACUUGGAAAAUAAGACAUGCGCGUUUACCACUACUAUAUAGUAGCUCCUUACACCUCGAAUGCUACAUAGGAAUAGAACUUGUCAUUUGUGUUUCUGCAACUCUGUUUUCUUUGAUGAACUUGACUGUUUUCAGGGAUUCACCAUCAAUCUCCAUGGGAGCUAGGAAGUUGUUCAUCCUUCACCUCCUCCUACUUCAUUUAGCUCAUUUUUCUUCUGUUGCAGUAAGUUCUAACAUCAUCCGUUGCCCUGAAACUGAAAAAGAUGCCCUUCUUAACUUCAAACAAGGGUUCACAAACCCUUCACGCCUGCUUUCCUCAUGGAUUACUGAGCAAGAUUGCUGCAAAUGGGAGGGUGUUGAGUGCGACAACAGAACCGGGCAUGUCACCACUCUUGAUCUUCACAGCACAAGUCAAGCUGACUCCUUGCGAGGUGAGCUUAGGAAUUCAUUGCUUGAUUUGCCGUAUUUGAGACAUCUAGACCUUAGCCACAAUGAUUUUCUCUAUAGUCAAAUUCCUGAUUUCAUUGGCUCUUUCAAAAACUUAGAGUACUUGAAUCUUUCAAGUGCCAACUUUAGAGGGAUAGUGCCUGAUCAUCUUGGAAAUCUUUCGCACCUUCAGUAUCUUGAUCUGAGUGGUUCUGGUGGCAAUCUAAGAGUAAACAACCAUGAGUGGCUAAGCCAACUAUCCUCUCUGAAGGUUAUUGACUUGAGUUGGGUAGACCUCAGAAGUUGGAAUAGUUGGCUUGAUGCAAUCAACAUGAAACCAUCUCUCAAGAAGUUAAAUCUAUCUGCCUGCAAUCUUUACUCUCUUCAUAUUCCCCCUACACUGCCUUUUCUUAAUUUCACUUCUCUGCAAAUUCUUGAUCUCUCACAUAACCCUUUUGGGUCUUUAAUACCAAGUUGGUUAUUUAACCUCAGCAGUCUUGCUACUCUGAACCUAAAAAACAGUGAGAUCCAGGGUUCAAUUCCAGAGACUUUCCAGACCAUGACCUCACUCACAGUACUUGAUCUCUCAGAAAACAAUCUCAGAGGCGAGUUACCAUCUGCACUGCCAUCACUUUUAAAAGAAGUGCGCUUCUCUGGUAACCGCCUAAAUGGUUCUUUAGCCAAAAACAUCAUGCACCUUAAGCAUCUAGUAGUUUUGGAUGUUGCUCGGAAUUCUUUGAAGGACACACUUACUCAAGGGUCACUCAACUUCAGUGAUUUGAAGGAAUUGGGUUUAUCUUAUAACUCAAUUGUCCUGAAGAUGAGCCAAAGUUGGAUUCCCUCUUUCCAACUUGAUGUUAUAGCCCUACGAUCUUGUCAACUAGGGCAUCGCUUCCCGAGUUGGCUUAGGACACAGAAAACCAUAUCCUCCGUUGAUAUCUCUGAUGCUGGCAUUUCAGACAAGGUACCUGACUGGUUUUGGGACCUCUCUCCUGCAAUGGAGCAUAUGAAUCUUUCUUGGAACCAACUUAGAGGUGAAGUGCCAGAUUUGUCAAGAUUUAAUCUCUCGGUAGUGGACUUGACUGGGAACCAUUUCCAAGGACCUCUGCCACAUUUUUCCUCAAGGAUGAAAUUUUUUAUUCUAAAAAGGAAUUCUUUCAGUGGUACUGUUUCCCCUGUAUGUGAAUCACUUGUUGAAAAUAAUUCUCUAAGUUUCUUAGAUUUAUCAUCAAAUGAGCUAUCAGGACUACUCCCUGACUGCUGGGUAAAUGGGACAGAGCUGAUUGUCUUGAAUUUGGGUGAGAUUCCAGGGGAACUUGCCUGUCUUGUUCGGUUGAAGGCAUUGGAUUUGUCAAAAAAUAAUCUAACAGGACCUAUUCCUCCUGGCAUCGUUCACUUAGUCAAUUUGCAAUAUCUUGAUUUGUCCAGGAAUAACCUUUCUUGCUCCAUUCCACCAAACAUGCCAGAUCAUUUAGACUUCCUUGUUGUUCUCAACCUCUCCUACAACCAUUUGUCUGGAGAAAUUCCCAAAGGCCUACAAUUUGACACAUUUGACAACUCUUCUUACAUAGGAAAUAGAUACUUGUGCGGCCCACCUCUUACAACAGAAUGCUCCACACCUUUACCUGAAGACCCUCACUGUAUGAAUAAUAAUGGUCCCAACAUCCAACAUCAUGCAAGUGAUUGGCUAGAUGGAACAGCACCAUUCUUCAUUAGCAUGGGGGCUGGUUUCAUUCCAGGAUUCUGGGCAUUUUGGGGAAGCCUGCUGCUGUCCAAAUCUUGGAGACAUGCAUAUUUCCGGUUUCUCAAUAACACAACCGACAAGAUUUAUGUGUUUAUUGCCAUUAAGCUGAGAAACUGGAAGGAGAGGAAGCAGAUAAAUGCAGAGUAAAUUAACAUCCCAGUUGGUGAAUUCUCUAAAGAUUAGCAGUCAGGUAUCUUUCCAUAGUCAUGUGAAUGUCGGGGCUUGGCAUGCAGAUCAAGCUGAUGGACCAGCACACAUCUAUGCACAAUUCUCCUAUACUUGUGUUUCAUGUAAAAUAUUGAAUAAUGCUGAUGGUUUAAAGCA